AUGCGGUCGUCCCUGGCGCGGCGUUUCUCCCCGGCCCGCCUGCCGCGGAGCGUAGCGAGGGCGCUGCUGGGGGCGGCGUGGGUGGCGGGAUGGGCGGGGCUGUGCGCGUGGGUGGUGUGGUUCGCGCACUCGCAGGCCGCCAAUCCGCGGCAGGAGGCGAUGCGAGCGUGGUGUCGCACGCGCGUGCGAUACCUCCAGCAGGACAUGCGAUCGUCCAUCGCCCGUGCGCAGGAGUCAAUUGGCCUGAUACACGCCCUGGGGCACUUUGGGCCGCGCAGCAGCAGCAACCUGAGCUACUGGGGGCUGGCGGGGUGCGUCAACAACGCGAGCAUGCUGGACUAUAACAACCGAGCAGAUGAAAUAGGCAACUACAGCACGGGCACCAUCAUUAUGGUGGUCACCGACCGAGACAGGCCCGUACUGGAGAGCAUCAUAGGGCAGCCAAUCCAGUCAGUGCUGGGCCUGCCCGCCCCAAGGAAGGAUCUGUACGGAGUGAACGUGUAUGGCAGCAUCAACCCCACCUUCCCAAUACAGUCCUACACCGACUUCUUGCCUCUCGUCCCUCCGGAACUCCUCACCAACCUGCUGAGAGGGCAUGCCAUCGCCGGCGCGCCGGUCUCCACUGGACCCGGAUACGUGGCAAUUGUGUUUGUCGUUCCCAUCUUCCGCCAUCCUCCACCAGCCCGUGCAUCUUUGCAAGAGAUCCGAAACAGCAUCAGCAUUGCGUGGGCCGGUGUGGUUCAUUUGGAAUGGAGGGCGCGAGAAUUACUGCGCAUGCUUGAAAAUGGCAGCAGCACAUACUCAUUUGCCAUGUAUGACAACACAGAACCACGCAUGCUGAAGCAGAUAUACGGCCCAGACGAGCCACGAUUGGAAACCGGCUCUGCCUUUCCCUUUGUGCUGCCCACAACUACGGUUGUGCCACCCGAGCAUGUGGAGCCUUUUCCCGAGAGCAUGAUGGGACGCACAUUCGAAGCCCACUGCAGGUUCCAGGUUCCCCCACCUGCUUGGGACCUUGUGUAUGCUCCCAUGCUGCUGGGCCUGCUGGUGCUGCUAGUGGCAGUGCUUCUGUCCACCGUGAUUGUGGUGUUGGCUUGGAAACGGAGAAAUCUAGAGGAGGAUGUGAAAAAGAUUCAGCUCUGCACGGCCAUCUUGGAGAGAGCUGAGCGGUCCAAGAGUGAGGCGGUGGCCAGCACGUCGCAUGAGCUGCGCACCCCAAUCAUUGGCAUGAUGGGCAUGAUAGAAGAGCUACUGGAGUCGCCAUUGGAGGAGUGGCAGCGGGCCGACCUGGUAGAUGCGAGGGCGUGUGCGGGCGAGACGGUGGAGCUCAUCAACCGAGUGUUGGACCUCGCCAAGCUGCAGGCCGGCAGGCUGCAGCUCGAGACUCUCCCCUGCUGCCUGCGCCGCAUCGUGCGCGAGGCAACUACAUUUGCGCCAGGGAAGAACUUACCAGUGACAGUCCAUGUGGAUGACAGCGUUCCAGAAACGCUACACGGCGAUCCAACUCGGCUCUUGCAAGUCAUGGCAGAACUUGUCGCAAGUGCCAUGAACAACACAGCAACGGGCCACAUAACCAUCCGCCUCUGGUGCAUCCCUCCUCCACACGUCGCCAGCACGCCACCUCCACUCGCUGCUGCCUCAGGCGCCACGCAAGCCUCUUCUAACCCGCCCCCACCCGCCUCAGCGUGGCAUCAGCUGGCCGGCUGUGUGCGGCGCUUCCCUCCUCCCACCCGCCUGCUCUGCCUCCCCCAGCACCGCCCGGCCAGCCAAGGGGGGCCUAUGGGCAACAAGGGUGAGCAGCGGUGGUGUGGGCAGGUGUGCAGCAGAGACGGUGUAGGCAGUGCAGAUGACAGGCACGGGGGGGGUGGGCGGUUGGAGGAGGAGGUGAGGGAGUGGGUGGAGGGGGCGUGUGCGGUGAGGGAGGAGGACGAGUGGAUGGUGGUGGUGGCGUGUGAAGACACGGGCGGUGGUAUGCCACCCGAGGAGCUGUGGGGGUUGCUGGACCCACAUGUCAUGUACGGCAGCGGGCAACAUAAAGUCAUGGAGAGAAUACGGUCGCUGGGGAGGGCAGAGUCAUGGAAGAGCCUGGGGAGGGCAGAGUCAUGGCGGAAAAGGGAGCGCAGCACGUGGGAUCCGAUGCAGCGCGAUCGCAAGGCAGCUGCAGGGCCCCGCUGGACGCCCUACCCUGUUCGCUUCCUGCUCUCCACCUCCCUU